AUGGCAAUGGAAACGGCAAUGGAAACGGCCAACGGAAAUGGCAACGGAAAUGGUAACGGAAAUGGCAACGACCAAGGGCAACGGAAAUGGGCAUGGGUAACGGAAAUGGCAACGGAAAUGGGAACGGAAAUGGGAACGGAAAUGGACAACGGAAAUGGACAACGGACAACGAUCAAGGGCAACGGAAAUGGGUAUGGGCAACGGAAAUGGCAACGGAAAUGGCAACGACCAAGGGCAACGGAAAUGGAAACGGCAAUGGAAACGGCCAACGGAAAUGGCAACGGAAAUGGUAACGGAAAUGGCAACGGAAAUGGCAACGGAAAUGGCAACGGAAAUGGCAACGACCAAGGGCAACGGAAAUGGGCAUGGGCAACGGAAAUGGCAACGGAAAUGGCAACGGAAAUGGCAACGACCAAGGACAACGGAAAUGGGCAUGGGCAACGGAAAUGGCAACGGAAAUGGGCAUGGGCAACGGGCAUGGGCAACGGAAAUGGCAACGGAAAUGGGCAACGGAAAUGGGCAACGGAAAUGGCAACGGAAAUGGCAACGGAAAAGGGCAUGGGCAACGGAAAUGGCAACGGAAAUGGCAACGGAAAUGGCAACGGAAAUGGCAACGGAAAUGGCAACGGAAAUGGCAACGGAAAUGGCAACGGAAAUGGCAACGGAAAUGGGAAAUGGGAACGGAAAUGGAAAUGGAAACGGAAAUGGAAAUGGCAACGGAAAUGGGGGUGGGGAUUACAGGCAACGCUGACCUACCCCAACGACGGCGACAUUUUCCAGAUGGUUCUUGUUGGAACCCUGCGGCUGCUGGGUGGCAUAUUCUCGGGCCGUGGUGGAGAUGGGAGGAUGGUAGCGGAGACUUGGCAAUGUACUGUUGUAGUGUUGUGGAAGUGUGAGUCGGCUUGGUUGAAAAGAGAGCUGGAUGUGGAUGCCAAGAGUGUCAAUGAAAGGGACGGAUAUCGUCGAGAGGAGAAAGACUCUAAAAGCUGGCAGGGAAGAUGA